CCUGUCGCUGACGGCUGGGCCGGCUGGCCAGCCGGGUUUGUAAGUGUCAGAGGUCGCUGUGCUGCCUCACAGCCGGGCGCUCGGGGAGAUGGACGGCUAGAGCCCUCAGCCGCCUCCUCCUCGCCGCCAGCAUGUUCGGCCGCUCCCGCAGCUGGGUGGGCGGUGGGCACGGUAAGGCCGCCCGCAGCAUCCACUCCUUGGACCAUCUCAAGUAUAUGUAUCAUGUUUUGACCAAAAAUACCACAGUAACGGAUCACAACCGCAAUCUGUUAGUGGAGACUAUUCGUUCUAUAACUGAGAUCCUUAUAUGGGGAGAUCAGAAUGACAGCUCCGUGUUUGACUUUUUCUUAGAGAAGAACAUGUUUGUUUUCUUCUUGAACAUCCUACGUCAGAAAUCUGGUCGUUAUGUAUGUGUACAGCUGCUGCAGACCUUGAACAUCCUCUUUGAAAAUAUUAGUCACGAGACAUCACUCUAUUAUUUGCUCUCUAAUAACUAUGUAAAUUCUAUCAUUGUCCACAAAUUUGACUUUUCUGAUGAGGAGAUCAUGGCAUAUUAUAUCUCAUUUCUGAAAACACUUUCCCUGAAACUCAACAAUCACACUGUACACUUUUUCUACAAUGAGCACACUAAUGAUUUUGCCUUGUAUACGGAGGCCAUUAAAUUUUUUAACCACCCAGAGAGCAUGGUCAGAAUUGCUGUCAGGACUAUAACUUUAAAUGUCUACAAAGUGUCAUUGGACAACCAGCCUAUGUUGCACUACAUUCGAGAUAAAACUGCUGUCCCCUACUUCUCCAACCUUGUUUGGUUUAUUGGGAGCCAUGUGAUAGAACUGGAUAACUGUGUGCAGACUGAUGAAGAGCACAGAAAUAGAGGCAAACUGAGUGAUUUGGUAGCAGAACAUUUGGAUCAUUUACAUUAUCUUAAUGAUAUCCUUAUCAUUAAUUGUGAAUUCUUAAAUGAUGUGCUCACAGACCACCUACUUAAUAGGCUGUUUCUGCCUCUCUAUGUGUAUUCAUUAGUAAAUCAAGAUAAGGGUGGGGAGCGUCCAAAAAUAAGUCUGCAAGUUUCUCUCUAUCUUCUCUCACAAGUUUUCCUGAUUAUACAUUAUGCACCUCUGGUGAACUCACUGGCUGAGGUUAUUCUUAAUGGGGACCUUUCAGUAUUCUCCUCAAAAGUUGAGCAAGAUAUCCAGAGAAGUUCAGCAAAAUCAAGCAUCAGAUGCUUCAUAAAACCUACGGAGACACUGGAGAGAUCUCUUGAAAUUAACAAGCAUAAGGGAAAGAAGAGGUUGCAAAAAAGACCCAACUAUAAAAAUGUUGGUGAAGAGGAGGAAGAAGAGAGAGGACUUGAGAAUACCCAAGAAGACCCAGAUAAGGCUAAAGGUACAGAGGGUAGUUCAAAAGGCAUCAAGGCAAGUGGGGAAAAUGAAGAAAUAGAGAUGGUAAUCAUGGAGCGGUGUAAGAUGUCAGAACUAUCUAUCUCAGUGGUGACAGAGCAGAAUACAACUGAUGAAGAAAAGAGUGCUGCUGCCUCUGGGAGUGAAAUGACAAACUGGAGCAGGCCUUUUCUCGAUAUGGUAUAUAAUGCACAGGACUGUGCUGAAGAUGAUUACUAUGCUCUCUUUGUACUUUGUCUUCUGUAUGCAAUGUCUCAAAAUAAAGGAAUUGACCCAGUCAAGCUGGAGAGAAUUCAGCUUCCAGCCCAGCAUGCUGAGGAGAAAAGCUCAUACAACCACGUGCUUGCAGAAAGGCUCAUCAGGAUAAUGAAUUAUGCUGCUCAACCAGAUGGAAAAGUUCGUCUGGCAACACUGGAACUGGGCUGUCUAUUACUAAAGCAGCUGGUAUUAUCUAAAAGUGGCAGUAUUAUAAAAGAUGUUCACCUUGCUUGCCUUGAGGGUGCAAGAGAAGAGAGUGUUCAUCUUCUGCGGCGCUUCUAUAAGGGAGAAGAGAUUUUUCUGGAUAUGUUUGAAGAUGAAUACAGGAGUAUGACAAGUAAGCCCAUGAAUGUGGAGUACUUGAUGAUGGAUGCCUCCAUUCUGCUCCCACCAACGGGGACACCACUAACUGGUAUUGAUUUUGUAAAGAGACUGCCAUGUGGAGAUGUGGAAAGAACCCGAAGAGCAAUCAGAGUUUUCUUCAUGCUCCGUUCACUGUCACUGCAUUUGCGAGACGAGCCAGAAACUCAGUUGCCAUUGACAAGGGAGGAGGAUCUAAUAAAAACAGAUGAUGUUCUUGACUUGAAUAACAGCGAUUUAAUUGCUUGUACAGUGAUUACAAAAGAUGGAGGUCAGGUUCAGAGAUUUCUGGCUGUGGAUAUUUACCAGAUGAGUUUAGUUGAGCCAGAUGUUGCCAGACUGGGCUGGGGUGUUGUUAAAUUUGCAGGCCUUUUGCAGGAUAUGCAGGUAACUGGAGUAGAAGAUGACAGCAGAGCUCUGAAUAUAAUAAUUCACAAACCUGCAUCUAGUCCGCAUUCUAAGCCCUUCCCCAUUCUUCAAGCCACGUUUAUUUUUUCUGAUCACAUUCGCUGUAUCAUUGCGAAGCAGCGUUUGGCAAAGGGCCGUAUCCAAGCUCGACGUAUGAAAAUGCAGAGAAUUGCGGCUCUCCUGGAUCUUCCCGUCCAGCCUUCAACUGAAGUGAUGGGUUUUGGACACAGCUCUGCAUCUGCAGCACAGCACCUGCCAUUUAGAUUUUACGACCAGUCACGGCGUGGCAGCUGUGACCCUGCUGUACAGCGAUCUGUUUUUGCAUCUGUUGACAAAGUCCCAGGUUUUGCAGUAGCCCAGUGUAUAAACCAGCCCAAUCCAUCACCGCUUUCAUCGCCGUCUCCUUCUUCCAGUGGCAGUGGGAGUACUGGACACUGUGAUUCAGUUACUGCCAGCUCCACUUCCACUCCUUCUGCAGCACACAGUCCGUCAGGUCUGGCAGGAAAGGACGACGGCGGGUGUUUAGUCUGUCGGAGGCUGACAGUCACGGUGGACACUGGGUUUAGGUCUUCAAGCAGCAGCUGCAACCGCAACUCGUGCAAAAGCAAUGCAGUAGAUGACUCUUCAGCUCCUGAACAACCUCCCAUAAUCUUUUCCAGUCAGAUGAUGUUGGUGGAUGAAACCUCUUCAGCUGCCUCAAAAUCUGGCAAGAACCCUGAAGUGGAAACAGCUAACCUAUCCCCUAGCCUGAUUCCUGCACAGCAGCCUACGAUAUCUCUUCUCUCCGAUGACAAUGCAGAUGCACUGAGUGUAGAGUCACUCACACUGGUCCCACCGAUUGAUCCACACAGCAUUCAUACUUUCAGCUGCAUUCCUCAGUCUUCCUUGCCGUCCGAAGUUUGCGGAGUGACAGAGGGAGAGGGUUCUGAUCAAAGUCAACAAGCAGACUAUGAUGAACAGUGAAGAAAAUGCAACUAACUGCUCUGUAUUUUCUUUUAAGUGAGGUGAUGGGGGCAUUAAUAAAGCCACAAAGGCCAGUUGGCUCACGGGAAAGAGGCCAAUUACUCAGUAACUCAAUGUAUGGGCACUCUUUAAAAUCAACAUUAUACAUUCAGCAUUUUUGAAGGAAAUCUCUAUUGUAAUAUGGGAAAAUGAAGAAGCUUUGUUGGGCUGCCAGGGCUUCAUAAUGUUUUACUUUUCCAAAUACAGAGAGACAAUAUUUGCCAGGAAAAGGAAAUAUUUUAGGAUAUUAUAGUACAGAGAUGCUGUUUCCAUUUGAAACAGUUUUUUUUCUCUUCUGUUGGUCUCAUUCAGCUUUUAGAGGUAUGGCAUAAAGACUGACUUGGCCACUUUCAGUAUUGUAUUCGUAGGAUUGUAAGCUUUAAUAUUGUAUCCUCUGUGUAAUAUUUAUUUCAGUGUUUGGCUCAAGGCAACAUAAAUAUCAAGGAAAGAAUUUUUUUAUUAAAAUGAAACAAAUCCCUGAUAUAACAAUCAAAGGCUUAUUCAGGUUAAUAUAAGAUGAGUUUUUGAGAGGCAUGUUAUAUAGUUUUUUGCAUAACCAAUACAGAGAAAUGUGAAGUAAUUUAAAAUCCUGAUCUACUUUUUCUUAAGUGAUUGUUUUAGUCUGUCAGUUCACUUCUGACAGAGGCAAAUUGCGCCAUCUGAGGGAUGGCAAAAUCCCUUCUGCAGAAGGACACUCUCUCUUCUUUAGAAACAGCCACAAGAGCUUGUGCUAUAUACAAGUUUUCAUCUCCAAUGUAUCCAGGAAGGCACCUUACCCAGCUGAUGGUAUCUCACUUUAGAAGGAUGAAACUCAAAAGGGAAUUUUUCUAUCUGGAACCAGCUAACCCUGACAUUAACCAGAUUAAACUUCUCAGUGAAAGGCUUCAGAUCAGAUAGACAAUCUGAUCUGUAGGUCCUGGUACAGAGAAGAUAGAAAUUAAAGAGAGAGCAUAAAACUUGGCAGCAGUUUGGCAUGUUCUUUGCUGAAUUGAUUCAUACCUUAACAUGAAUAGAAUUUAACCUCUCUCAAGUAAAUCUGAACUGCAUUCAUUUGAAGUGGUGAUAAAACUAGCAGGGAAUAUUUAUUACUGCAUAGAUGAUGAUGAUGAAAAGCAUUUCCUGAUUCUCAGAAAUUAACAAACACUUGCUUUUGCUUCUGUUUUGAUUUUAGUUAGCAACGGAGCCUAUUAUGUGAUUCUGUCCCUGUUGAAAUCAGUGAGAAUUUGCCAUUGCAUUCAGUAGUAGCAAAACUAGACUCCAGUCUUGUGUAGGAUUAAUUUGAAAAGCGCGUACCUAUCUUCCAUUCACCCUGCCAUGGUUACACGAUUGUUUGGCCCUCAAUAAGGGAAUACUUGAGCAGGAUGUUUUAAAGGUUGUAUUUGUAUAUUUGACGCACCUCUGACUUUUGGUCUAACUUUGUUUGCCACUUGCUUUUCCAGGCUUGGUCCUUUGUGAAGUAACUUACCCUUAGCAGAAUACACAUAUACAUAAUGUUAGAAGUGGUGAUGGAGCCAGUAAAUGUUUGUUCCUAUGUUCAUAACUGACUGAUUCAGAUCUGUUACACUGUCUGACUCCUUUUCACUCCUGUGGACUUCAGCAGGCGUUUAACCAGUCUAACUGAGAGUCUGAUCCUGCAAAUGCGAUGGCCCCAAGCCCCACAUGAAGUCUGAGAGUUGGGGGUUCUCAGCACCAUUCAGGAGAUGCUUAGCAACUUGUGGAACCAAACUCAGAUGAGAAUUUGGCCUUCGGGUGGAAUGGGAGCCCAUAUUUCUUUUGGACUGUUCUUAGACAUGGUAGUCGAAAGACCAUCUCAAAAACGAUUACCUGCUUAUUUUGAAAGUCGUCUUUUGUGCUACAUGUGACGUUUCACUCGACCUAGAGCACAGAAAAUGCCAUAUUGCAAAGUGAAUUGUUCUAAAUAAUGUUACUUUUAAAUGGAAAUUUGGGGUCUUUGUUAAAAGAAAUAUAUUUACCUCAUUUAGAAUUACAUUCUAGUUGAAUUAAGUCAACAGGUACAAAAUAGGCCAGUUAGCAAGCAAUGCCCCCUCUUACCUCUAAGCCAUAAUGCACACCAAGAGAUGGGACAAAGGAUUUUUUUUUAAUAAGCUUACAGAAAAAUAAGACUUGAAAGGAAAGUGUCUUAGUCUCUGCUUCCAGAUACAUUGUGGUAGCUUUGAAAGCCAACAAUCUACUUGAAUUGUCUGCUGGAAGUUUUAAAGGGAAGAAGAGGGUGAAAACAUGCAUUGAUAAAGAGAAAACAGAAUAAAUGACUAAACAGUUAUGUCACUCAAACAAUUGCUCAGACUGGUUUGUUUCUAAUCUUAAAACGUAUAUAAGAAUUGACAGUGCUUAAUGCUGCAUUAAGGAGAGUUCACUAUAUAAAACCCCUAUAGAUACUGAAAUGUAUCUUCUGGAAAUCUUUGGUCUGUUUACAAAUAUAGUGUAUUACUCAUCUGUUGUUCUUCGAAGAGUAUCAUAUCUAUCACUUAUCAGAAAAGCUCAAGAGCUGUUUCCUUAGCCCCCUUUCGCUGUAAAAGGGAAGUAGAAACAAGAAAGCAUUAUCACAGCAGCCGCUUUUUUUUGUUAAAACAAGAAUUGAUUGAAUCAAUGUGUUCUCACUAUCGGCUUAACCAAAUCCUCACUGCUCUCCAAACAUACGGGUCAAGCUUAAGGCUCAGUAUUUUCAGUCUAAUUCUAUGGGGUCUUUAAAGAGGAUCACUAUAAAAAUAGCAGGUGUAGAAAUGGACCAGAACAUAACACUGAAUUUGAACUCACUCAAAUGUGAGGAGAUGCUGCAAUCUGGUUGUGAAUUUUGGGCUUUGUUUCCAUCCUUUACUCAUGGCUCUGGCUGAAUGCUAACUAGAUAAAGCCCCUCAAAUUCCUCCCUGAGAAAUAAGACCAGCAAAGAAGUCAGUGGUAUAUUGAAUGUGACUUUCGCUGUUUCUUAGUCUAUUCGUCUCACAUGUAUUUUAUCAAAUCUGUACCAAGAUGCUGUAGUUCACAUGGGUUGUUCUCUCUCUUCACCUUUGCUCUGCCCCAUCACAAUGAUGGUCUUAGUAGUUUUCAAUGAACUGUAAGAGUAGAACCUAGAUUUUCAAUCUAACAGUAACUGCAACAUACACUUAAGUAAUCUGGUGUAGGAAAACAUCUAGAGAUACAGGGCCUGAUUCUGAUCUCCACUUCACCGAAGUCAAUAAGGAAUAAUUCUUCUGGAGUCAGUGGAGUUGUGUGUAUAAAACUGGUUUGAAGCCUCAUUCACUUUCCUGAGGCUUUUUAAAAUUUAAAUUUAGGAAAUUAUAUUUUUGGUUUCCUUUGUUGUAGGAUUCUGUGGAUUAAACCAUGCUCAGUAGAAAUGUUGUCAUUGUGUUAAUAGAUAGAUUCAUGGAAGAUAGGCCCAUCAAUGGCUGUUAGCCAGAUUGGGGCGGGCGAGGGGGUGUCCCU